AUGGACUCUCGAACUAUUAAUCUUUACGUUGUGACAUCUUAUAAAUUGUUAUUCCUCUUUUUCGGAGCAAUUGGAAACGUUUUGUUUAUUCAUCUUACAUUUAAAAGAAAAAGCCUUCAAACUAGAACAUCCGCAUUGCAAUGUGUUCAAUGCGUUUUCCAUAUAAUCUGUCAAGUUGGGACUAUGUUUGAUGGGAAUAUCACCUUGGGAAAUCAGUUGAAUCGAGAAGAAUGUUAUCAAAUAAUUGCGUUUUAUGUUUUGUUUCAAAGUGCUCAAAGUGUUAUUAUGGUGGUUAUUGUUCUGGAUAUUUUAAUUUUCGUGAAGUUCCCAACUUUCUAUAGAAAUAUCUCGAAAUCCCAAUACAUUUUUGUGACAACCUUUCCAGUUAUUACUUGCUCUAUUAUCAUUACAGUUUACGGUUAUACUGCAACAAAUGAGGACUGGAUUCCCGCGUGUACUCCGGGAUUUGCAUUUACCAUUGAAGCAAGCCGAAUUUACAAACUUUUUAUACUCCUUAUGAGUGUUUUUGUCACUGUGAUAUAUGCUGUUCUGAUUAGAACUUUUUAUUUAAAAGGACAUCACGAGAAUUCAAGUUCAUUAAAGACCAUGAAACGUCUUCAGUUUUCCGUGGGAAUUUUCAUUUUUACAUGGUUCUUUAGCCAAAUUUUCGGACUGAUCAUUCUUCAAAUGACAGAGUAUACUGCAUUUGAAGCGAGUCUAUUCGCGCAUAACUCAUUACUCACAUCUUUGGCAUAUAGUAACACGUUUUAUGUGACCAUGUGGAGGAGCAAAGAAUAUCGAAAACAAUUUUAUAGUGUCUGGUGGCCGAAAAAAGUACAAACUUCAUCCGCUAUUGUUUUUCACACAAACUUUAUUUUGCAUAAAUCCUCUACAAUGGAUUUUUCUGCGAGUCGUCUGAAUGGGAGCUACUGAAUUCUUUAUUUGCUGGUUUUAUAUUCUUAUUAACGUUGUAUAUAAAUUGGUUUUGUUAAA